AGAGAGAGAGAGAGACGAGCCCCGCGGCGGCCCAUUGAGGAAAGAUGGCCACAGUCAGUGCAAACGGAGUGCUGCGGGAGAAUGGAUUCAGCACCACGGACAGCGGCGGCAGGAUGAACGGGCGGCUCGGUAGUCAGAACACCAUCCCCAUGAAGGACCACGACGCCAUCAAGCUCUUUAUCGGCCAGAUCCCCCGCAACCUGGAGGAGAAGGACCUCAAACCGCUCUUUGAGGAAUUCGGCAAGAUUUACGAACUCACGGUACUGAAAGACAGGUUUACCGGGAUGCAUAAAGGAUGUGCCUUUCUAACAUACUGUGCCAGAGAGUCAGCACUGAAAGCCCAGAGCGCCCUCCAUGAACAGAAGACUCUGCCAGGGAUGAAUCGACCCAUCCAGGUGAAGCCAGCAGACAGCGAAGGACGGGGAGAAGACAGGAAGCUGUUUGUGGGGAUGCUCGGCAAGCAGCAGAGCGAGGAUGACGUCCGGCGGCUCUUCGAGACCUUUGGCCAGAUCGAGGAGUGCACCGUCCUGCGGGGUCCUGAUGGGGCCAGUAAGGGCUGUGCAUUUGUCAAAUUCUCCAGCCACGGAGAAGCACAGGCUGCCAUCAACAGCUUGCACGGUGGACAGACCAUGCCUGGCGCCUCGUCUAGCCUGGUUGUCAAAUUCGCAGACACCGACAAGGAGCGGACCUUGCGCCGGAUGCACCAGAUGGCCGGUCAGCUCGGCAUCUUCAGUCCCAUGACAAUCCAGUUUGGGGCCUAUGGCGCCUACUCUCACGCUCAGAUGAUGCAACAGCAAGCAGCCCUGAUGGCGGCAACACAAGGGUCCUACCUGAACCCCAUGGCGGCCAUUGCUGCCGCACAAAUGCAGCAAAUGGCGGCAUUCAAUGUCAACGGUCUGGUGGCGACUCCGAUGACGCCAUCCUCAGGCACCAGCACACCCCCAGGCAUCACUGCGACAGCCGUCCCCAGCAUAGCCACCCCCAUCGGGGUCAACGGCUUUAGUGCCCUCGCGCCACAAACCAACGGGCAGCCCACGUCCGAGCCAAUUUACACCAACGGCAUUCACCCUUACCCAGCACAGAGUCCGACGGUGACCGACCCUCUCCAGCAGGCUUAUGCCGGGGUCCAACACUACGCAGCAGCCUACCCCGCCGCCUAUGCGCCAAUCAGCCAAGCAUUCCCACAGCAGCCGGCCAUCAUUCCCCAGCAACAGCGGGAAGGGCCAGAGGGCUGCAACCUGUUUAUUUAUCACCUGCCCCAGGAAUUUGGUGACGCCGAGCUCAUGCAAAUGUUCCUCCCUUUUGGCAACGUCAUCUCGGCGAAAGUCUUUGUGGACAGAGCGACCAAUCAGAGCAAAUGUUUUGGCUUUGUGAGUUUUGAUAACCCGUCAAGCGCCCAAGCCGCCAUCCAGGCUAUGAACGGCUUUCAAAUAGGCAUGAAGAGGCUGAAGGUGCAGCUAAAGCGGCCAAAGGACGCCAACCGACCUUACUGACUGGUCUGCGGUCCUGAUCAAGGAUGAAGGCCCCACAACACCUUAUUUCCACAAGUGCAGUCAAAGUACAAAGACUCCUUGCUCUGCUACAUAUCACGACGGUCAGGUGGUCCCUUGAACCUGCUGGGACCCCACUGGAAGAUUGAGCGACUGAGUGAAGAUCCCAAAGUUGUUUUUUUUUUUGCAAAUGCCCCUUUUUGUCUUAUCAAUCUUUGUUUGUUUUAUUUAUUCAUUUAUAUAUGUAUAUUUUUUUGCUUGGGCAUUUCGUUGGAAGCGAAUUUUUUGCAAAGACCAACUUUUUUGCUGCUCUUUUUUAGACGUGAUGGGUUGAAAAGAAGAAAAAAAAGAUAGACUCAUGAUGCUCAAAGCAUGCAUACCAUCAAAACGCAUCCAAACAAAAUGCUAUAGCUAAUGAGAAAUAACAAAAACAACAACAACAAAAAACAAGUUGUACAUAAGUGCGAAUGCCAAUUCAAGUACUGAAGCAAACACAAAUACACACGCAUACAUGCAAACACAUAUGUACACACACCAGCCUGCUGCCAUUUUGGUUUUUGUGCCUACACAGAUGUUGUGUGCUCUGUGACAGGGCUGAGCACUGGAUGGAUGAUGACGGCAAAGAAGAGGAAGAAUCCAGGAUAAUUUACAUGCAUCAUUCCUUAGGAAAUAGGGACCAAAGGACUAAAAAAAAAAACAACAAAAAAAUACAAAAAAAAACGCUUUUAAAAGUAUAAAUAUAUAAAUAUAUAUUUAAAAAAACACAUACCUUGUAGCUACAAGUAUUACUCUUAGUCCAAAAAAAAGGGAAGAAAAAAAACAAAUAUCCAGUGGCCUACUGUAAUAAGAAAAUGGACUAUGUAUCGGGGGAAAAAAUGGAAUUGUAGCAUAGGGGCUGAUUUUUGUUUGUUCUGGAUGCUAAUCGGACACCACGUUGUAUCAUAGUGGAGUAGGUAAAAACAAAUGUACAUUUGCUAAUUUUUCCUGUUGUUAAAAAAAAAAAACUUGGAAGUUGCAAUGAUAGGGGAGAAGAAAAAAGAAUGAACAAUGGACUGUACUGUCUAUGCCACUGGAUAUUACGAUCAUCACGAUGUCGGAGGCACCACAAAAGGAGAAACUGUUUCCCGGAAAGGGGCAAAGACUGAACUUACUUGUGCCUGUGCUGGACAGAGUGCAGACACUCAAGGCUUCUCCUUAGCCUUUACGUUCAAGCGACAAUCCACUGUAAACGACCAAGCAACACGGACCCCCGGGGCGUCUUUUCACUUUUUUUUUCCCUGACCUUUUUGUAUUGCGCAAUGUGAAAAGCUAAAUGGUUCAAUGAAGGGCAUUGAAUGCAAAGGUUUUUAGGGAACAGAAAAGCUACUGAAACUGCCAAAAGAGUGAAAAUUAAGUCACGUUUCCAACAAGUUGUAUUGUUCAGUUUGCCACGGUAUGGUUCUGCAGACCCCAAUUACGCUUUGAUCGUGACAUCCAGAAAGGGUGUAAUCAGUCAUUUUUGCUCCGCUUUGUCCUAUUCUUUCCUAGCCGACUUUGGGCAAGAGGCUGUGUGCGGCGUAGACUUGGUUACCAGUCAAUCGCAGGACACACAGACAAACUAGUUACACUCACAUUCAUAUCUAUUCCUGAAAUACUAACAAAAGUCUUAAUUUAAUAUCUAACAAGCAUGUUUUUAGAAAUGUGGACUGAAAUCAAAUAAAUCCACAAAGAGAUCAAGUUACGAUUCAACCAGAUUUUUUUGGCUAUGAGGCAGUCACACAGUCCGCCAUUCUAUAGCAGAACAUUUUGCCACCAAAUUAAUCCAAGAAAUUACGCUAUAGUUCUACGCACAAUCAGUACCUUCAAAUAAAUAAAUUUCCAAGCCUUGAUUUAUCCGCCUUUUUGUCUGUUCAAUGCUCUGUAUAAACGACAAGGACAUGUAAUGUGGUGACAAAGAACCCGCCUAUAAUCUGCCUUCAAAGGUUGCAUCAGAGCCGCAAAAGAGCUGCUACGAUGCGUGCAAAUCGUUUCCGGAAAGCUCAGAUGGGUGCGAAGCUACGGUACAUGCUUGACACUCACGUCUCCCGCUGCCGUUUGUUCAAACAAUGUUGGGUCGCUUUGUAAAAGCGCACACGAUUGCAAUCAUAUCUCGCAUUUGUUGGGUUGUGGGUAACGAGCGGAAAUUUGGUUCUUUUGUUCCGGCUCUGAGCUGACAAGUGUGCUGCGCAAGAGCGAUGGAGAACAUGAAAGGGAAAGCGUGCGUCUUGCUCCAUCUUACGCAAUCGAACCGAAAUUAAUCACAUUGACACACCUCAAAACAUUAUCAAAUCCAUACCGAACUGAACAGAACCAUACUGCCCGUUGGAAACAUGACAUAAAAAAUGUAUAGCUUUCUCCAACAUCCCCUCAAAAAACAUCAAACAGUGUUAUGAUAUGAACAACUACCUACAUCAUGUACAUUCCAUUGUGGACAUGUUCCUUGACCUAAUUUCUUGGGAACGUUCCAUGUAGAUUUCCGAAAAGAUGAAGACACUCUCCUUCGGAAAAGGCCAACUUGUAAAUGAGGUCAGAACGCUCCCCAAUUUGCUCGGUUGAAACGCUGCACCGAUACGAUCAACAGCGUUGGAUGGCAGGCAGUAAGAAGAACGGAGGCAGGGGGUGGUGGUGCAAACAUCCUUCAAAGUAAUGCUUCUAGGAUGAAGCCCAAACACUAUAAAAAUAGAAGGUGUAACCAAGCUGCCGGUGACAAGCACCAUAUAUCUGUGCUGUGCCAAAAAAGGGAAGAGGAUGAAAGGGUUCAAAACAUCCGGAAGCUUGGCCCAAAUAGUUUGAGUAUUAAAUCCUAUUUUGUCUCGAGAGA